AUGGGUCAAUCACAGCCCGAAGUGGUGGCACACCCUACGGAUGAACUUGAUGAUGCUGUGAUAUAUCUCAAUGGUCAUGCAAAUGUGGCGCCCGACUCUCAGGUUAAUCUGCAGGCUCUCCGCCGUAAAGUUGACCGACGUUUGAUCCCUUAUAUGUUCUGCUGCUAUAUACUGCAGUUCCUGGAUAAGGUCAUGCUGAACUAUGCGGCUGUGAUGGGGAUUAAGCAAAACUUGGGACUCGUCGGCAAUGACUUCUCUAACGUCGCUACAUGGUUCUUCAUCGCCUACUUGAUCGCGGAGAUACCAAAUGUAUAUUGCUUACAGAAAGCACCGCCUGCCAAAUGGCUCGGGGGAAAUGUUUUCCUUUGGGGGGUGGCAGCUGCCGCCUCUGCCGGGGCCCAAGGAUAUCGGAGCCUUCUGGUAGCACGAAUCUUCUUGGGCAUUUUUGAAGCGACAGUAGGCCCAUCCCUGAUGCUCAUCAGCAGUCAGUACUACACCAGAAGUGAACAAGCUCCUCGGUUCACUAUAUGGUAUAUGGGUCUUGGUGUGGCCCAGAUCAUUGGAGGUCUCAUAUCUUUUGGCUUCCAGCAUGUGAACCAUGCGUCGCUAGAGGGUUGGCGAAUUAUGUUUCUCGUUCUCGGGCUGGUGACAGCAGUCGUCGGCGGUCUGACAUUUUUCUUCAUCCCGGAUACACCGAUGAAGGCAACAUGGUUGUCCGAUAGCGAAAAGGUCGCGCUCCUACAACACGUCAGCGAAAACCAGACCGGAGUUUGGAGCACAUCUUUAAACUUGAAACAAAUCCGAGAGGCUGUCUUCGAUAUUCAACUGUGGCUAUUAACUGUGAUUACAAUUUUGAUAUCCGUGUCAAGUGGUGUGGUGACGACAUAUUCCUCAACAUUAAUUGCUGGAUUUGGUUUCUCAGAUCCGAUCUCCGCCCUUCUCAAUACACCAUCGGGGAUCGUGAGCAUUUUUUUCACACUUCUUGUUGGAUUUGGAAUCCGGAGAACUUCAAAUCGCUGGGCAUGGAAUGUUCUCUGUACAAUCCCUGGAAUCAUCGGCGCAGCCUUGCUGUCUUUCCUACCUAAAAGCAACAAAGGGGGUGUCCUGAUCGGGAUUUAUCUUGUCAACGCCAUUGUUGCUACCCUGCCGAUUCUAUACCAGUGGACCAUGGCCAACUGUGCCGGACAUACCAAGCGUGCGUUUGCUAGUGCAUUGGUUGCUGGAUCUUUCUCGGUCGGGAACAUCAUUGGUCCACAGACAUUCCAGUCACACGAUGCACCGGAGUAUAAACCGGCCAAGAUAGCUGUUCUUGUAACACAAGCUGCCGCGGCUGUGCUAUCUGCCGUGUUGUUUGUUUAUUACAGGAGGAGAAAUCGUCAUAGAGAUCUGUCUAAGGGCCACGUUGAUGAGCACAGCGCUGAUGAGACCAAGUGGGCUGGGCUAACCGACAAGGAGAAUCCGUCUUUCCGUUACGUCUACUAA